AUGGCCAUGCAGGUCCCGCAUUUGCUGUCUGCAACUCUUGCUCUAGCAGCUGCUCAUCGCCGAACAUCCGGCCUUUCUGAAGGAGAUUGUCAAUUUGAACUGAUGAAGGGGAACAGCCUUACACAGUUGAGAUCUGCCCUAGGCCAAUUCAGUCCAACCGAAAACGACAAAGUCCUUGCCACCACCCUGCUCUUAUGUAUGGCCGAAGUCAUAUCCCCUCCUACAAGCAACUCAUCAUGGAGGUCACAUCUCUAUGGCGCUGCCACCCUCUCUGCUCAACACAGCCGCUCAAGCGGUGCCAGUGUAUCGGCCAUUUCCAGCUUUCUCAGGAGAAAAUACCGUGCGCUGCAAGCAGUAGCUUUGGCUUGCUGUUCGAAAAGAUUCGAGGGGUGCAUACUAACCACGCAUUGUGAUGAUGGCCAUGCUUACAUUGACGACCUAGCUGGAUAUUCGACGAACCUGCUGCCGAUUUUUGAAGAGAUUAACAACCUGGAGCGAAUACGAGAUGAUUGUAACUCGGAGUUUUGCUGCGACUGUCCGCCUGGGCCACCGCAUUUUGACUGCAAUUCGCCUCUGGAGCACAAGUCCCACCUAUUAUUCGACCAGAUCAGAGCAUUAAUGGCACAGAGAAAGAUGUCACGGACACAGAGUGAUGGAGACCUUCCUUGGGCCGUCUAUCAUGACCUCUACCUCGUCGAUGAAGCCCAUCAUCAUAUGGCUCUUCUUCAGGUCUUUCGUCGUGGGUCCUUGUCCGUUCCUUUGCAACUGAUCGACGAUAGCAGACGAUCAAUCCUAGAUUGUCUCUCAGCUGUCACGUACCAAGCCGGCCCCUGCCCCGGGGUGGCCGCGCUACCUCCUUUAUUCGUGGCGGGUAUCCUAUGUACAGAUAAAUCAGACAGGGACAAGGUCCGCAGCUUGCUGAAAACCAUGUGGAUGAAUUACGGAAUGGGGAAUGUGAAGUCUUGUCAGACUGUGCUGCAAAAGUGGUGGAAGCAACAGGAUGAGAGGUCUGCUCAAUCGGCGUUUUUAGGGAAGCUACGGGAUUUUCAAGCUACAAGUCGUCUGAGUUUGAUCUCACGACACCUGGAACAACACCAACAGUCUUCCUAUCCUCCCAUUAACACUCCCUAUACAAUUGAGCUGGACUCGUUACCAGCGUCCGCAGACGACAUUCCCUACGUCGCUCCAGCACCACCUGUACAUCUCCUUAGAACACCCUCUCAGAUUCAAAAACGACAAUUGUCUACCUCAUCCGCCGCCAAAAUGUCCUCCCAACCUCCUCACCCUUCCCUCCUCAUCCCGGGGCCAAUUGAGAUUACCGAUGAAGUCUCCCAGGCCAUGAGUCACUAUGCGCAAUCCCACGUUGGACAACCAUUCGUCAACACCUUUGGCGAGACGCUCACGCUGUUAAGAAAUCUUUUCCAGACCACUAACCCGGCGUCUCAGCCUUUCAUCCUUGCUGGGAGUGGCACACUGGGCUGGGAUCUCGUGGCAGCGAAUCUGGUGGAGCCUGGUGAAGAUGUUUUGGUACUGCACACUGGUUAUUUCGGAGACUCAUUUGCGGAUUGCCUGACAACCUACGGCGCAAAGCCAACGCAACUAAAAGCCCCCAUCGGGGACAGGCCGCAACUUGCUGAAAUUGAGGCAGCAUUAAAGGAGAAGAAAUACAAGGCCCUGACUGUCACGCAUGUCGACACCUCCACAGGAGUCCUUUCUCAGAUUCAACCGCUAUCCGACCUCAUCCGACGUGUGUCUCCUGAGACGCUUCUAGUUGUUGACGGUGUCUGCUCCGUGGGAGGAGAAGAGAUCCACUUUGAUAACAUGGCCAUUGAUGUGUGCUUGACAGCAUCCCAAAAAGCCAUCGGUUGCCCUCCUGGCAUGUCGAUAGUGAUGGUCUCGGAGAAGGCCAUGAACGUUUUCAAGUCCCGCAAAUCCCCUCCAGGAAGCUACUAUGCCAGCUUCAAGAACUGGACGCCCAUCAUGCAGAACUAUGAGGCCAAGAAAGCCUCGUAUUUUGCAACUCCACCUACCCAGUUAGUCCAAGCCCUCAACACAUCCCUCAAACAGAUUCUCUCACAACCCCUCGAUGCCCGCUUCGCCCAACACCGCAAGGUGAGCGAGUAUGUCAAAUCGAAAAUCACAAGCAUGGGUCUCAAGCAGUUGGCCACCGACCCAGCCAAUGCAGCCAACACCAUGACGGCAAUAUAUUUACCCGAAGGGCUGACUCCUCCGGAGAUCCUCCCCAAACUGAUGUCCCGGGGUGUUGUGUUUGCCGGUGGUCUUCAUCGGGAGAUUGCGGCGAGAUACAUUCGUUUUGGACACAUGGGUGUCUCAGCCAUGGAUGAGUCGAGAGGAGAGAUCGACAAGGCGCUCGAAGCGUUGAAGGACGGUUUGGCGGAAGUGGAGAACGCUAAGAGCAAAUGA